AGCAAAAUGCCGGACGUCCGGGACCAAGUACCCGCGAAGGCCCCUGGCGAUGCAGAGAGCGGGCCCUGUCCGCUCCAAACAUCAGGACCGACCCAGGAAGACAUGAGCAGCCCCAAGGACCACCCUCCUCUUCCUUCUAUCACAGGUCUGACAGAGAAAGUUAAUGAAGUUUCCAAGCUGAGCAACAAGAUUGUAAUGAAUCAUGAUUUCCACAUGGAAAAGAAGAUUUUAACUUCAAGCAGUCUGGAAGGCAAGGUCAAGGAGACAAUGCACAAUUCCUUUUGGGACCAUCUUAAAGAGCAACUGUCAGCUACUCCCCCUGACUUCAGUUGUGCUCUUGAACUUCUGAAAGAAAUUAAAGAGAUCUUGCUAUCACUGCUGUUACCACGCCAGAACCGCCUAAGAAGUGAGGUCGAAGAAGCUCUGGACAUGGACUUCCUCAAGCAGAAAGCAGAAUAUGGGGCCCUGGAUGUCCCUUAUCUCUCUAAGUACAUUCUCAACCUGAUGACUUUGCUGUGUGCACCAGUUCGAGAUGAAGCAGUGCAGAAACUAGAGAACAUUACUGACCCUGUUCGGUUACUGAGAGGGAUCUUCCAGGUUCUGGGCCUGAUGAAAAUGGACAUGGUGAACUACACUAUCCAGAGCCUUCAACCCCACCUGCAAGAACAUUCCAUCCAGUGUGAACGGGCUAAAUUCCAGGAGCUCCUCAAUAAGCAGCCUAGCCUCCUGGAUCACACCACCAAAUGGCUGACCCAAGCAGCAGCAGACCUCACCACAUCACCUUCAACUUGUUCUGACACUCCAGACUCCUCCAGUGUGGCCGGCCCCUCUCCAAACGAAGUAGUCAACAACACAGAACCCCUCAACCCUACAAUGGUGCUGUCCCAGGGCUUCCUAAAUCUCCUUCUUUGGGACCCUGAAAAUGAAGAGUUCCCUGAGACCCUGCUGAUGGACAGAACCCGGCUGCAGGAGCUGGAAUCCCAGUUGCAGCAGUUAACCAUGCUGGCCUCAGUCUUGCUAGUGGCCAGUAGUUUCUCUGGCAGUGUUUUGUUUGGCUCACCCCAGUUUGUCGAUAAACUGAAACGCAUAACCAAAUCCCUUAUGGGGGGAUUUAACUCCAGACCUGAGGAGGCUAUGGUGACUGUGAGUGAACAAGUGUCUCAGGAAAUCCAUCAAAGCCUCAAGAAUAUGGGCCUUGCUGCUUUGAGUAGUGACAACACAACAUCUCUGAUAGGACAGCUCCAGAACAUUGCCAAGAAAGAGAACUGUGUCCGCAGUGUCAUUGAUCAGCGGAUCCACUUGUUUCUCAAAUGUUGUUUGGUUCUUGGUGUGCAGCAGUCUCUGUUAGACCUCCCUGGAGGCCUUACUCUCAUUGAGGCAGAGCUGGCGGAACUGGGCCAAAAGUUUGUCAGCCUGACACAUCACAAUAAGCAAGUGUUUGGCCCCUACUACACUGCAAUCCUAAAAACCCUCAUCUCCCCAGCCCAGGCACUGGAAACAAAAGUGGAGUCUCUCUGA